AUGGCUUCCAACACCAAGAGCUCAGUUCUUAGGUUGUUCUUCCUGAGAAUUCUCAGGAAGAACAGUCUCGGUUGUGCCAGGACUGAAGUGGAGUUAGAGUCCCAGUCACUGAAUUCCUUCGACUUGGAGGUGUUUAAACGGAGGUGGUUAGUGGAGCACCAGGCAGACAGUCGUUCCACCUCCACUCUGUAUACCAUCUCACCUCCUCCAGAGAUGAGCCCCAUCUCCGUGAGAUCUGUCAAGAAGUCUAUGAUCCAGUACCUGUAUGCUGUAGGACACAGAGUCUGGAAACGCUGGAAAAAGAGAUAUUUUCUUCUUGUUCAGGUGAGUCAGUACACAUUUGCAAUGUGCAGCUACAGAGAGAGGAAAGCUGAGCCUCAGGAACUGAUGCAGUUGGAGGGCUACACUGUGGACUACUGCCAACCUCAGACAGGUCUGCAAGGUGGCCAGGUGUUUUUUAAUGCUGUAAAGGAGGGCGACCUGGUGACGUUCGCCUGUGAUGACGAACAGGACAGAGCGCUCUGGGUUCAGGCUCUGUACAGAGCCACGGGUCAGUCAUAUAAACCAAUCCAACCAACACACAACAAAGCUGCCAACUGCAAAGGAGGACACAGAAAACCAUCAUCUAUCAGUCUGGAUCCCUGUCAGCGUCAGGGAAUGGAGGAUUUAAUUUCUGCAGCUCCGGGUUGCUUUGACCAUGCUGCUCUGUUCUCCAUUUUACAGAAACACACUCUGCAGCACCGCAUGAAUGACUCCUUCUCCUGCCUGGGCUGGUUCAGUCCCGGCCAGGUGUUUGUCCUGGAUGAGUACUGCGCCCGGUACGGGGUUCGAGGUUGCCACCGCCACCUGAGCUACCUGAAGGAUCUCAUGGACUACGCCGAGAACAGCGUGCUGGUUGACCCCAUGCUGCUGCAUUACAGCUAUGCUUUCUGUGCCUCACAUAUCCAUGGAAACAGGCCUGAUGGGACGGGGACAGUGACUGUGGAGGAGAAGGAGCAGUUUGAGGCUGUCAGACAUCGUCUCAUUGUGCUAUUGGAGAACCAGAUAACACACUUCAGAUACUGCUUUCCCUUUGGACGACCAGAUGGGGCCUUGAAAGCAACACUUUCGCUUCUGGAACGAGUACUCAUGAAAGACAUCACCACACCUGUUCCUUCAGAGGAAACAAAGAGACGGGUUCAGAAAUGUUUGGAAAAGGCAUCCCAGAUCAACUACAGUCAACUGAUGGACUAUGCUCAGAUCAAUGUGGACCCAGAAGAAGUCCCGGAGAAAAGACUGGAGGAUAUGUUGAGAUUGGGAGAGCUGUGCAUUGAAGUCCUACAACAGAAUGAAGAACAUCACUCUGAGGUAUUUACUUCAUGGUAA